CAGCCCCGGCUCCGUUAUCCCGAGGGAUCCCCCGGCUCCCGGCUCCGUUAUCCCGAGGGAUCCCCCGGCUCCCGGCUCCGUUAUCCCGAGGGAUCCUCUGGCUCCCGGCUCCGUUAUCCCGAGGGAUCUCCCGGCUCCGCUCCCCCCGCUGUCCCCGAUCCCGCCUUUCCCGGGAGCUUUGGUUAAUCCGGGCUCAGCCGGGCUGGGCCCGCGGUGUGUGACCGGCUCUGACCCAGCCCCGGCGCCGGGCUCUGCUCGGGAGCUCCCCAGGGAAGCUCCGCUGGGCCGCGAGGGAGCAUCCCAAUAUCCCUGGAAAACCGCGCGGAGGCACUUGGAGAAUUAUCCAGGGGGUCAGUGCUGAGGGAAUUCUGUGGGAGCAUGGCUGGAGCAGGACACGGAGUCUGGGCACAGAAUGCAGGCAGUGAUGUGGGCUGCUGCUCCCAGCCUGCCUGGUGGCUCUGUGCCGUGGGACUGUGACCCCGUGGUGCUCCUGCUGUGGCCGGGCUCUGGAGCAGGUGCCAGGAGCCAUGAGGAGGUUUGGCUACUGCCGGGUGGUGCUGGCCACCUCUCUGCUCUGGGUGCUGCUGGACGUGUUCCUGCUGCUCUACUUCAGCGAGUGCAACAAGUGUGAUGACAGCAAGGAGCGGUCCCUGCUGCCCGCCCUGCGCGCCGUGAUUUCCCGGAACCAGGAGGGCCCGGGGGAGAUGGGCAGGGCCGUGCUCAUCCCCAAGGAGGAGCAGGAGAAGAUGAAGGAGCUGUUCAAGAUCAACCAGUUCAACCUGCUGGCCAGCGACCGCAUCGCGCUGAACCGCAGCCUGCCCGACGUGCGGCUGGACGGGUGCAAGAGCAAGGUGUACCCGGAGGAGCUGCCCAACACCAGCGUGGUGAUCGUGUUCCACAACGAGGCCUGGAGCACGCUGCUCAGGACCAUCCACAGCGUGCUGGAGCGCUCCCCGCCGCGCCUGCUGGCCGAGAUCCUCCUGGUGGACGAUGCCAGCGAGAGAGAGUUUCUGAAGGCCUCCCUGGAGAACUACGUGAGGAAGCUGGAGGUGCCCGUCAGGAUCCUGCGCAUGGAGCAGAGGUCGGGGCUGAUCCGGGCACGCCUCCGAGGGGCAGCAGCUGCCAAGGGCCAGGUCAUCACCUUCCUGGAUGCCCACUGCGAGUGCACCCUGGGCUGGCUGGAGCCUCUGCUGGCCAGGAUCAAGGAGGACAGGAAAACCGUGGUGUGUCCCAUCAUCGACGUGAUCAGCGACGACACCUUCGAGUACAUGGCGGGCUCGGACAUGACCUACGGGGGCUUCAACUGGAAGCUGAAUUUCCGCUGGUACCCCGUGCCCCAGAGGGAGAUGGACCGCAGGAAAGGGGACAGGACCCUGCCCGUCAGGACCCCAACUAUGGCUGGUGGCCUGUUUUCUAUUGACAGGAACUACUUUGAAGAGAUAGGAACUUACGAUGCAGGAAUGGAUAUCUGGGGUGGCGAGAAUCUUGAAAUGUCCUUUAGGAUCUGGCAGUGCGGGGGCUCCCUGGAGAUCGUCACCUGCUCCCACGUGGGACACGUGUUCCGCAAGGCCACCCCCUACACCUUCCCGGGGGGCACCGGCCACGUCAUCAACAAGAACAACCGCAGGCUGGCCGAGGUCUGGAUGGACGAGUUCAAGGAUUUCUUCUACAUCAUCUCCCCGGGGGUGGUGAAGGUGGAUUAUGGAGAUGUGUCUGUCAGGAAGGCCCUGCGGGAGAGGCUGGGCUGCAAACCCUUCUCCUGGUACCUGGAGAACGUGUACCCCGACUCGCAGAUCCCGCGGCGCUACUACUCCCUGGGAGAGAUCAGGAAUGUUGAAACCAACCAGUGCUUGGACAACAUGGGCCGCAAGGAGAACGAAAAAGUGGGAUUUUUCAACUGCCAUGGCAUGGGAGGGAACCAGGUGUUCUCCUACACGGCGGACAAGGAGAUCCGCACGGACGACCUGUGCCUGGACGUGUCGCGGCUCAACGGCCCCGUCCUCAUGCUCAAGUGCCACCACCUGAGGGGCAACCAGCUCUGGGAGUAUGAUGCUGAGAAGCUCACCCUGAGGCACCUGAACAGCAACCAGUGCCUGGCGGAGCCGUCGGACGAGGACCGGCUGGUGCCCACGGUGCGCGAGUGCGGCGGCGGCCGCGCCCAGCAGUGGCUGCUGCGCAACAUGACCCUGGCGGCCUGAUCCCGCUCCCAUCCCGCUCCCAUCCCGCUCCCAUCCCGCUCCUCCCGCUCCUCCUGCCGCCCCCGGCAGUGCCGGCCCUCUCCCGACCCCUGCGGAGUCACCGGCGGGCUCCUCCUGCCGCCGCGCCCUCGGACUCCCCCGCGCCUCCAGGUGAUCCAGGACCUGCUGGUACCCACGGCAGCGGGCUCCCGAUGCCAGAGGCAGCAGCUGACCUUGGAGGAGCUGGGAUAUGGAGGGAUUGCUGUCACUCCCAAGAUUCCAGAGGCAUCAUCUCACCUUGGAGAAGCUGGGAUAUGGAGGGAUUGCUGUCACUCCCAAGAUUCCAGAGGCAUCAUCUGACCUUGGAGAAGCUGGGGUAUGGAGGGAUUGCUGUCACUCCCAAGAUUCCAGAGGCAGCAGCUGACCUUGGAGAAGCUGGGAUAUGGAGGGAUUGCUGUCACUCCCAAGAUUCCAGAGGCAGCAGCUGACCUUGGAGAAGCUGGGAUAUGGAGGGAUUGCUGUCACUCCCAAGAUUCCAGAGGCAGCAGCUGACCUUGGAGAAGCUGGGAUAUGGAGGGAUUGCUGUCACUCCCAAGAUUCCAGAGGCAUCAUCUGACCUUGGAGAGGUUGGGAUAUUGGAGGGAUUGCUGUCACUCCUGAGAUUCCAGAGGCAUCAUCUCACCUUGGAGAGGUUGGGAUAUGGAGGGAUUGCUGUCUCUCCCAAGAUUCCAGAGGCAUCAUCUCACCUUGGAGAAGCUGGGAUUUGGAGGGAUUGCUCUCACUCCCAAGAUUCCAGAGGCAUCAUCUCACCUUGGAGAAGCUGGGAUAUGGAGGGAUUGCUGUCACUCCUGAGAUUCCAGAGGUAUCAUCUGACCUUGGAGGAGCUGGGAUAUGGAGGUGCUGCUGUCUCUCCCAAGAUUCCAGAGGCACCAGUUGACCUUGGAGAAGCUGGGAUAUGGAGGUGCUGCUGUCACUCCUGAGAUUCCAGAGGCACCAGUUGACCUUGGAGAAGCUGGGAUAUGGAGGGAUUGCUGUCACUCCACAGAUUCCAGAGGCACCAGUUGACCUUGGAGAAGCUGGGAUAUGGAGGUGCUGCUGUCACUCCCAAGAUUCCAGAGGCACCAUCUGACCUUGGAGAGGUUGGGAUAUGGAGGUGCUGCUGUCACACGUCACCACGGAGAGGUGGCCCGGUCUAAAGGCCCCGUGGCACCAGCUGGCACUGGGAGCCAUCCUGGGAGGUGUGGCCCGAGCUGAUGGGAUGUGCUGGGCUCUCCUGGAGAAGAUCCUGGAGAAUAUCCUGGGCAGUCUUGGGUGGUCUCUCGUGCCCAGUGGGAUUUGAGGGCCCCAAAGCUUCCUGGGUUGUGCUGGGAAAAAGCAGGAUCCCAUGUUGGGAAAACCAGGCCAAGGCUGCACUUGACCAGGAAUUCCAACAGAUGAGGCCACUGGAGACAUGGGAAUGCUGAGGGGAAGGAGUGGCACUCGUGGGACCUUGGGGUGGCAUGGAGGGAGCUGUCCCCUCCUUCCAUGGGAAUGGAGCUGGGGCUGGGGCUCAGGGGACGCCUGGAAGGACCAAAACUGAGACCUGGAGCUUGGGGGGUCUCCAUCCCUGCAUCCCAACACAUCCAUGGAUCCCUGCAUCCCAGCUCUGCCUCCAGGUGUUCCUGGAAUCUCAGGGGCUCCUUCCUGGUUUCAGGAAUUUGGGGGCUUAGUCCUUGUGUGGGUGUGGCCGUUCCCAAAGCGCUGCUGGCCCUCAGGAGCUGCUCCCCGCUGGGAUGUGGGGACAGGGACACUGGAAUGUGCUGGGGACAUUCCUUUGGGAGCCACCCCAAAUGCAGCUGGGGCCCUCUGGGCUGGGAUUUUGGGAAUUCUCACUGCCCAGAGAGUUCAGGAGACUGAAAUCCCAGGGCAGCAGGACCCCAGCACGGGUAAGUGGGGAAAUAUUUCCCAGGAUUUCCCUCACAAUUCCCAACAAUCUCUGUAAAUGCACUGGGUCAUUAAAAAUGCUGGUAUUUUCUGUA